GAGAUUUGGGCAUAUGAACUUUGGAGGACUUAAGGCUAUGGCUAGCAAAAGAAUGGUGAAAGGCUUGCCCUCGGUGAAUCAACCUGAUCAACUUUGUGAAGGUUGUCUUCUUGGUAAACAAUCAAGAAAGAGCUUCCCAAAACAGUCUCAAUCAAGAGCUAUGAGGCCACUACAGCUAGUUCACACUGAUAAUUUUAAAGCACUUGUGGAGAAGGAAAGUGGCUUUAAAAUCCAAGCAUUGAGAUCUGACAGAGGAGGUGAAUUCACUUCUAAAGAAUUUCAAGAGUUCUAUGCUGCCAAUGGAGUUCGCCAUUUUCUUACUGCCCCAGGAUCGCCACAACAGAACGGAGUGGUGGAAAGGAAAAACAAAACCAUUCUAAAUAUGGCAAGAAGUAUGAUGAAGACCAAGAAGAUGCCAAGAGAGUUCUGGGAUGAAGCUGUUUUGAAACAAAAGGAUACAGGCUUUAUGAUCCAGAAGGUGGCAAAGCCGUCAUCAGUAGAGAUGUGGAUUUUGAUGAAGAAGCCAUGUGGGAUUGGAAAUCUCAAGAAGAGAAUUAUGAAUUUCUUCCGUCUUUUGCAAAAGAAGAUGAUGAAGAAGAAAGGCAAGAAAUCAUCACUUCCCCAGCAUCACCGUCUCGUGGUGAAAUUUCAUCCCCAAAAGGAAGCUCAAGUGAAGGGCCGUUGCGAACAAGGAGGCUCAGUGAUAUAUAUCGAGAAACUGAAGAAAUUGAAGAAACUAAUGAUGUUACACUAUUUUGUCUUUUUGCAGACAUUGAGCCUUAACUUCAAUGAAGCUGCCAAAGAUGAAAAGUGGAGAAAAGCAAUGGACGAGGAGAUGAAUGUAAUUAAAAAGAAUGAUACUUGGGAGCUAGUCACUCUUCCUCAAGGACAUGCUGCUAUUGGAGUGAAAUGGGUGUUCAAAGAGAAGAAGAAUUCUAAAGGAGAGGUAGAAAGAUACAAAGCAAGGCUCGUGGCUAAAGGCUAUAAGCAGC